AUGAAUACAGUUUUUGGCUCUAUUCCCAUCUUAUUCAGGCAUCCGUCCAUUUAUGGCCUGUCCCGGAUCACCAGUAGCCUGUACCUCAGCAAUGGUACGGCUGCCAAUAACAAGCUCCUGCUCUUUGCCAGCCAAAUCACUACUGUCAUCAAUGUGUCCGUGGAGGUGGUGAACACCUUCUAUCCAGACAUUCACUACAUGCACAUCCCUAUAACUGACACCCCCAUCUCUCGCCUCUAUGAUUACUUCGACCUUGUGGCAGAUAGGAUCCAUAGCGUGGACCUGCAGCAAGGCCGGACACUGCUACACUGCGCUGCAGGCAUCAGCAGGUCAGCUGCCCUGUGCCUGGCCUAUUUGAUGAAGUACCAUGCCAUGUCCCUGCUGAAUGCUCAUGCCUGGGUCAAGUCCUGCCGCCCCAUCAUCAGACCUAACAAUGGGUUCUGGCGACAGCUUGUUCAAUACGAGUAUAAACUCUUCGGCACCAAUACAGUCCGAAUGGUCAACUCUCCACUGGGCUUGAUUCCGGAUCUCUAUGAAAAUGAAGUAAGAGUAAUGAUAGCGUUUUGA